GAUGGCGGAGGAGCAUCACAGGGAGAGGUGGAGGGAGUGAACUGCCUUGCAUAUGAUGAGGCUAUAAUCGCACAACAGGACAGAAUUCAACAAGAGAUAGCAAACAGUAACCCUCUAGUGUCGGAUAGACAGGAUCUGUCAGUGCUGCAGCGGGAGUAUGCUGAGGACGACAUAGUUUAUCAGCUCAAGAUCAAGGACCUAUACAAAAAGUACUCGUACAUUCGAAAGACACGACCAGAUGGGAACUGCUUUUAUAGAGCCUUUGGUUUUGCACAUCUCGAAUCCCUUCUAGAUGACAGCAAGGAACUUCAAAAGUUCAAAGCAGUUGCGUCAAAAAGUAAAUUGGACUUGGUUAAUGAAGGCUUCACUGAAUUUACUAUUGAAGACUUUCACAAUACGUUCAUGGACCUGAUUGAAUUGUGUGAAAAGCAGCCGAGCCUCCAGGAGCUUCUAAACUCCUUCAAUGACCAGAAUGUGUCAGAUUACGUGGUCGUCUACCUGCGAUUGCUCACUUCAGGCUUCCUGCAGCGACAGCACUUCUUCUUUCAGCACUUCAUAGAGGGAGGACGCUGUGUUAAAGAAUUCUGUCAGCAGGAAGUUGAGCCAAUGUCUAAAGAAAGCGACCACAUUCACAUCAUCGCCUUAGCUCAGGCUUUGGAUGUAUCGAUCCUGGUGGAGUACAUGGACAGAGGAGAGGGUGGAACGGUCAACCACCAUGUCUUCCCUGAAGGUGGCGACCCACGCAUUUUCCUCCUGUACAGACCUGGCCAUUAUGACAUAUUGUAUAAAUAACACUCCUGGCCAUAGCCCACAUCAUUCUCCGACUGUACAAUACAGCAGUGGGAAGAACAAAAAAGAAAAAAAAACUUCAGCAGCCACGUUGAUGACUCAUACAUCUGUGUAUGACAUUUUAAACUUGUGUAUAAUCAUGGAAAAAUAUGAAUUCACGUAAAAUCAAAUGCCCCUUUUGUCACAUUAGCGUCAACCUCUUAAGUUUUUCUUCAAUCGUCACAAAUGGAUAUCAAUGAAAGAAUCCUGAAAAAAAAUAUAGAAAUGACUCCAAGCAUUUAGAGUUGUACAGGUUUUUUUGUGGUUGUAAAUGUUAUCUACUUGCUUUCUGUUGGAUUUUUUUUUUCUUUGUCAAACUGCGUGUCAUGAAUUUUAUUAAAGGGAUUUACAUCGUA